AAGCACCAUUAAUCAUACAAAAUAAAAGCAGAUAAAAUGUGAUUAUAUAUAUGAUCAAAUAUAAUUUGGCUGGAGAAAUGUUACUUGUAUUCCAUAAUAUCUGUUAUAGCAGGUUUUAUGCGCCACCUAGUGUCAAAUAGACCAUGGGAGAUGUUUAUCACAUACAGUCAACUUUUUUGGGGGAAAUUUAGAUCAGCAAAUCUGAUUCUACACAAGAGGAACAAAAACAGAAAAGCAGCAAUGCGAUCAGCUAAACGUGAGUAACGACUGAUAUGUAUUGAUUAUACAGUGCACUUUCACUCUCAAUGCACUGUACGACCACCCUUCAGUUCCAGAGUGACUCAUUUUACACAACCACCUUUAAAGUCUCUAGACAACAGUUCAUUGAGUGGAACAUGUAAUGCAUAAUUUCCACGUGCUAAAAUGUCUGCAUGUCCCCCACGGCGCCCUCAAAACACCGGGGGAGGCUGCACUUUCUGGAUUUCCUGUUCUGUCUUUUCAUAUCACUGCGUAAAACCACAGUGAUUCACAAUAAGUUUCCACCACUGACAGAACAACAGCUAGCUUUCAUAAUACUUAUGUGCUUUUUACAUUAACUCAAGGUCGCUCCUUCAAGUAGCCUACUCAGAAACUCACGGACUUUCACCUCUAUCCCGAUGGGGAACCGAAAAGCACAAUACCAACCAAAAUAAUGAACAAUGCAUUUAUUACAAUUCUAGCAAGUCAUCUUGGCAGUUGAUGUGAGCAAAUCUCUAAAAUCUUUAAAAACCUAUUUACCCAAGGACCACAACAUCAUGGAAAACAUAACCAGCUUCCGAAUCGAUUUCCAGCACUAUCUCUUCACACCCGUCUACAGUCUGGUCUUGUUUUUCGGAUUGUUUGGAAAUCUCGGAGCUUUGUAUUACUUCAUCUUUAAAAUCAAACAGAAAUCUCCUUCAAACAUAUACAUCAUUAACCUGGCUGUGGCCGACACGCUUUUCUUGUUCGCCUUGCCAUUUCGUAUCCACUACCACCUCAAUGACAGCAACUGGAUAUUUGGCGAUGCCAUGUGUCGCAUCACUGGCACGAUCUUCUUCGCUAACAUCUACAUCAGCAUCAGCUUCAUGACCUGCAUCUGCGUGGACCGUUACAUCGCCACCCUCCACCCUCACACCUACCUGAAGCUUCGCAACACGAAUCUCACAGCGCUGGUGAGCACCACUGUAUGGUUGGUCUCUGGGUCGGCUAUGUUGGCGUUCAUGUUAAAAUGCCCAUUAUCAAGCAAAGGGAACAUGUGUUUUGAGGGCUUCAAUCAAAAAGAGUGGAGCGGCUUGGCGCCCUACAGCAUAAGCAGUCUCAUUUUUGGAUCCCUUCUGCCCUCUGCGGUCAUCUUGGUUUGUUACCCCAUCGUGGCCCGUCGCAUCGCCCGGAUCAACAACUCCACCGCCCGCGGGGCACGACGGAUCAUCUACGCCAUCCUAACCAUCACACUUCUGUGUUUCCUUCCUUAUCAUGUCGUGCAUCUUGUGUACCUCUUGACACGCUUGAGAGACAUCAAAGAGAAUGACGUGAUUUUCAUCCUCCGUAGGGUGACCAUGGCUCUGGUCAGUCUAAACAGCAUUUUGGACCCGCUUUUGUACUACUUUGCCACGGGUCACUACAAGUGGAGGCUCAGAAGACUGAGGCUGAAGAAGAAAACGGGUGUUUAUUCCAUUUCCAAUGGCUUUUGAACUUCUGCAAGCUUCGUUCCAACUGAACUAUUUCAAUUAAAAAGCAUAAAAGAGAGGAAAGACAGCACAUAAAAUUAAUCUGUAAAGCCAAAAAAACGGCGCUACAGAAAUAUGGACUCCAAUGUGGCUUGAUGAAACGGAGUCAGGAUUUUUCUAAUAUAAUUGUACUUAUACAGUGCAAAAUCAAACAAGAAUGACUGUCAUUUUUAUUACAUAACAGCAAACUUAAUGAUAGACUGAUAUAUUGGCCAAUAUUUGGCUUUUUUUAAAUUAUCCCAAUUGAGUCAGUUCUGAAUUUUACUGACUGUCAUUUCAGUGGUCCAUGCCAUUUUUUUUCAUAAAUGUAAACUUUGUGUCUCAUUUCAUAUCAUUGAAUUAUUACAUAUAUUAGUAGAUGUAAAUGUCAGUAUCAUCACAGCAUUUUGUUUCA